CUCCGUAUACAGUGGUGCCAAUUUAUCGAGGAGGCGUCCGUCGCCAUGUUGUUUUCUUUCGCGCGCUUCGGGAUUGAUCGACGUCGCCGGCGGAGGGAUCUGCUGUCGCGCUCCCUCCGCCCGCGGCCGACCUCACCGCAGACCGGGCCCCGCCCGCCACGUCGGUUAGUGCCUCGACCGACUGGCCCGCGCGUGGCAGCGGCGGACAUUUUGUUUCUCUCGGGAUCCCACCGCCUUCCCCGCCCCCCUCCCCCGCGCCGGUGGCGUCCCGAGGAGCGCGUCGGCGGCCGUCGAGCGAGCCUUUUGGCAGCCUCCGGACGGGUUCGCCUUCUCGGCGGCGGCGGCGGCUGUCGAGCGCGGCGGCGGCGCCGGGAUGCCGGGCAUGAUGGACAAAGGUUCCGACUAUUUGGGCAAGGCUCGCUCCAACGGCACCAAGAGUCCGUCCAACGCGUCCAACGGACACUUGACGGACGAAAGCGCCAGUGACGACGAGCACGAUGUCGGCAUGCGAGUCGGAGCGGAUUAUCAGGCCAACAUUCCCGAUUUCGAGGCCGGCUCCGGCAAAUACUCGGAGCGGGACAACGGCGGGAUGUUGGUGUGGUCGCCUUCCCGCGACAUCGAAGACGGCAAGCUGGACGAGUACGUGGCGCUGGCCAAAGAGAAGCACGGCUACAACGUGGAGCAGGCGCUGGGGAUGCUCUUCUGGCACAAACACGACAUUGACAAGUCGUUGGCCGACCUGCCCAACUUUACGCCUUUUCCCGACGAGUGGACGGUGGAGGACAAAGUUCUCUUUGAGCAGGCGUUCAGCUUUCACGGCAAGAGUUUUCACCGCAUCCAGCAGAUGCUUCCAGACAAAUCCAUCUCCAGCCUGGUCAAGUACUACUACUCGUGGAAGAAGACCCGCUCCAGGACCAGUCUGAUGGACCGCCAAGCCCGCAAAUUGGCCGGCAGGAGCAACCAGGGCGACAGCGACGAGGAGCCGGAGGAGGCCGACGCCGCCGAACCCGACGACGGCGACUACGACCCCCGCAAAGAGGCCAAGGAAGAGCAGAACCCGGCGGAGCCCGCGGCGCCGGCCCCCAAGGCGGCGGUGGCGCCGGGCCGGCGGGAGCACCAGACGCUGCAGCACCGCCACCAUCAGCGCUCGCGAUGCCGGCCCCCCAAAGGCAUGUACCUGAGCCAGGACGACGUGGUGGCCGUCUCCUGCGGCGCCGCCGCCGCCAACGCGCUCCUGCGCCGGCUGGACGUGGAGUUGGUGUCCCUCAAGAGGCAGGUGCAAAACGCCAAACAGCUGAACGGCGGACUCAAGCACGUCUUGGAACGCGGAAUCGACGACUUCCGCCUGCCCGAGAGCACUCAGAAGGUGAACGCUCGCUGGACCACUGACGAGCAGCUGCUGGCCGUCCAAGGGGUCCGCAGGUACGGCAAAGAUUUCCAGGCCAUCGCCGACGUCAUCGGCAACAAGACGCCGGGACAAGUGAAGAACUUUUUCGUCAACUACCGCCGGCGAUUCAACCUGGAGGAGGUGCUUCAGGAGUGGGAGGCGGAGCGAGGGGACGGCGGCACCGCCUCCGGGGAGGAGUCCAAAAACGCUUCGGCCGCGCCCUCCGGGAGGAGCACCGACGAGGAGGACGAGGAGGCUCAGGCGACGUCGGGGGCGUCUCCCGCCUCGGCCCCCCCGUCUUGGUCUCAGGCGGCGGCGACGACGACGACGAGCCCCGCCUCCUCGCUCCGCCAGCCGCCGCCGCCGCUCUUGCGGCCCUCGCCGCCGGCCGCGCCCUCCCUGCAUCGCCAGCCGCCGCCCCUGCAGCAGCAGCCCCGCCCCUCCCUGCAGCAGCCCCGCCCCACCUUGCAACAGCCCCGCCCCGCCUCGCAGCAGCAGCCGCCGCCGCCCCUCAUCCGGCCCUCCAAGCCUCCGCCCCCCCGUCUCAAUCCCCGCCCGUCCGCCCCCCAACCGCCUUCGGACGCCGCGUCGUCUUCGGCCCUCCACUGACCCGCGCCGGCGACCGAAACGGCCCGUUUGUUGCGGGACGAGACGCCCCUGGCGGUGUCGGAGGCAACGUAAUAGCUACGCCGCAGGGGGGGGGGGGGGUGGAUUCUGCGUGCGCGCGUGCCCGUGUAAUAUACUUUGAUGUAUAUGUAAUUUAUGUGUGCGUGUGAACAUAUUGUCCCAAAUAUUUGCAAGCGUGCGUACUCGAGGCCGGAAAUAAGUGGGCGUGGCAUUUUGCGCCUCGUCCAAUCAAAGAACGGCAAAGUGGCUCCGAUAGGAUAGCGCGUCGAGUCGUCAUGACCGUCGCGUUACUUGUCGAUUGAUUUAUUUGUCCUCACUUUUGACGUGUGCGCAAUAAAUGUUCUCCAAAAGA